CAGCUGUCAAGGAUAUCUCGAGUUCCUCCAAUCAAUCGACGAUUUCUGCGGAAGGCACAGUUCGCCGGUUUUACUUUUGUAUCCGCUUACGCCUCUGCUUCUGGUUAAUUGGGAUUUUGAAGCGAGAAAUUCGUUCGAGGACCGUUUGGGUUGCUUGAACGUUGUUUUUAAAAAUACAUAAUCAUGGAUCAGGCGAAAUUGGCUAGACUGCAGCAGAGCGUGCGGAUUGGUACAGGAAAGGGUACUCCCCGCCGCAAGACAAAGAAGGUCCACAAGUCGUCCGGAACCGAUGACAAGAAGCUGCAAACCUCUCUUAAGAAGCUCAAUGUCCAGCCAAUCCAAGCUAUUGAGGAGGUGAACAUGUUCAAGGAGGAUGGCAACGUGAUCCACUUUGCUGCUCCUAAGGUCCAAGCCUCCGUCCCAAGCAACACCUUCGCCAUCUACGGCAACGGCGAAGAGAAAGAACUCACUGAACUCGUACCCGGAAUCCUCAACCAACUCGGCCCCGACUCCCUUGCUUCCCUCCGCAAACUCGCUGAAAGCUACCAGAACAUGCAGAAGAAGGAAGGUGAGGCUAAGAAGGAGGGCGAAGAGGACGAUGAGGAUAUUCCUGAUCUGGUUGGAGAGACAUUCGAGUCCAAGGUGGAGUAAUAGGGCAGCAAAAGAAAACAAAUAAACUAAGGAAAAAACUAUGUGAUUUAGCCUUUUGCGUGUCUUGAUGCCCCGUCGAUAUUAUUUACAAGGAUGAAUAUGUGGGAAAGAAAUGAUGGUAUCCUUUUAAAAGAAGCUGACCGCUUUUUCAACCACCUCUUGCUCCUUUUUGUGAUGUCUGGUGUCUCGGACUAUGUUAAAGGAUGCUGACGGGUACGUCUACGGUUUGUGUGGAAUAUGUACGGUUAUUUUCUCGUACCAGUAU